GGCGGCGGCGCGUCGCCAAUACGCAGCGCGGAUGUGGAGCCACAUGCAAGCGUGUGUCCGCCCGCGUGGCGUCCACUCUCCCUCCACGUUUCGGCGUCCUCGUCGCCUUCCUGGGAAAUCUCCAGCUACUGCCCACUGCCCCUUCCCUUCAGUCCCUUUCCCCGGGCUGUGGCACUAGUACUAGCACCAGCAUCUCUUCAGGUCUCCACCAAGCGCAGACACCGCAGCAGCGGCAGCGGCACGAUCUGGUGACCCCCCCGCCGCGUCAAGCCUGCUCCUCCGGUGAUCGCCGGACUGGCGGGGUAGGAACCAGCGGAGCGCAGCCCGCCUCCUUCCGCUGUGUCUGACAGCAGCAGAUCCUCGAUGGAGAUGGAUGGGGUUCUGCAAGCCGCGGAUGCCAAGGAUUGGGUUUACAAGGGGGAAGGCGCCGCGAAUCUUAUCCUCAGCUACACCGGCUCGUCGCCCUCCAUGCUUGGCAAGGUACUGCGGCUCAAGAAGAUUCUAAAAAACAAGUCGCAGCGGGCACCAAGUUGUAUUGUAUUCUCAAGUCAUGAGCAACUCCUGUGGGGCCAUAUCCCAGAACUGGUUGAGUCGGUCAAACAAGAUUGCUUGGCUCAAGCCUAUGCAGUGCAUGUUAUGAGCCAACACCUGGGUGCCAAUCAUGUCGAUGGUGGGGUCCGUGUACGUGUUUCUAGGGAUUUUCUGGAGCUUGUCGAAAAGAAUGUUCUUAGCAGCCGUCCUGCUGGGAGAGUAAAUGCAAGUUCAAUUGAUAACACUGCUGAUGCCGCUCUUCUGAUAGCAGACCACUCUUUAUUUUCUGGCAAUCCUAAGGGUAGCAGCUGCAUAGCUGUAGAGAUAAAGGCCAAAUGUGGGUUUCUGCCAUCAUCAGAAUAUAUAUCAGAAGAUAAUACUAUCAAGAAACAAGUAACGAGAUAUAAGAUGCAUCAGCACCUCAAAUUUUAUCAGGGUGAGAUAUCGAAGACUAGUGAGUACAAUCCUCUUGAUCUAUUUUCUGGGUCAAAAGAGAGAAUAUGCAUGGCCAUCAAGUCCCUUUUCUCAACUCCUCAGAACAACUUAAGGAUUUUUGUCAAUGGAUCUUUAGCUUUUGGUGGCAUGGGAGGUGGUGCAGAUAGUGUUCAUCCUGCUGACACUCUUAAGUGUCUUGAAGAUCUCAGCAAGAUUAGUGGCCUAAAACUCCCUGACUUCACUGAGCUCCUGUCAGAGACAAUUUUUAGGUCUGAGGUAUUAGGCAACCUGUUGGCCACUCAAAAGUUGGAUGAUCAUGACAUUGAAGGGGUAAUUCAUCUGUACUACAACAUAAUUUCUCAGCCUUGUUUAGUCUGCAAAAACCUAACUGAUGUAGAGCUAUUGCGGAAGUACACUUUCUUGCAUUCUCUUCCGUUGGACAAAAGCCUGAAGAUCGUUAGGGACUUCCUCAUUUCUGCUACCGCAAAGGACUGUAGCCUGAUGAUCAGCUUUCGGCCAAGAGAGAAUGGUAGUACAGAUUCUGAGUAUGAUUCAGUGUUUCUUGAAUCAGUGAAGCGAACCUAUGAGUACAAGGUAUACUACUGUGAAAUAUGGUGUCGUUUUACCUUUAUCUUCUAAUCGUCCAGCACUCUAGCCACAAAACUAGCAAUAUAGUUCACAAGCAUAUUUCCUUGAUCUGGAUGUGAAACCUCUGGAUAAGAUGGAGCAUUAUUUUAAACUGGAUCAGAGGAUAGUCAAUUUCUACACAAGAAAUGGGGGAGGUCUUGCCAUCUCCAAAGGGCAGUAAUACCAAAGACACUUCGAGGAUUUAUACAUCUGGAGAAGGGUGCAUCAGGGAGUGUUGGUUGUUGUUCCUGCUGCUUGGUGCUGCUGUUGUAACUUCAUGAGUACAGUCCCAAGGUUGGGAGGCUCGACCCUUAACGCCUGGAAAGGGCACAGGGAGCUGUGUUGUCCGUCAGUCGCUGUUGUAACUCAAACUAGUGCAUACACCGUGGCUUGUCACGGUAAUUUCCGAAGAUGUCCAACGUUAGUUGAGACAACCGAACUGCUUACCGUGGCAAUCACUCAUUGUAACAUCAAGUUGAAAAUGAGGGCUGAAGUUUCCCUCACAGGCUACCAUAUGUCAGAUAUGUCCUUUGUACCACUAAUAAGUGCCCCUGGGGUCAUGUAUGAAUGUAUCUCAAUUUGCUAUUGCAGAAAUGUUUGGUGAAACUUUCAUCCU